UUCUGGUUGACUAUAAAAACAUACAGGGUGAAACUUCCACUAACCAAUUACUAUAGAAACGAAAUCCGGACCUCAAGCUCCUCAAGACAAUUGCCUGUCUCUCAGAAAUGGAUGACAAGCCAAGUCUCUACAGAAGGGAGUUAGUGGAUGUUCAGGGUGUCCCUCUCUUCUGGGGCAUUGCUGAGGAGUGGUCCCAGGUGGAGUCAUUUGAAUCCCGACCAGAUGACCUUUUGAUCUCCACCUACCCCAAAUCUGGCACAACCUGGGUCAGUGAAAUACUGGAUUUGAUCUAUAACAAUGGGGAUACAGAGAAAUGUAAACGGGGUGCAAUAUACGACCGAGUGCCAUUCAUGGAACUUAUAGUACCUGGAUUUGAAAACGGCAUUGAGGCUUUGAAAAACAUGCAGUCUCCUCGACUAGUGAAAACACACUUGCCUGUUCAACUUCUUCCUUCUUCCUUUUGGAAGAAUAACUGCAAGAUGGUCUAUGUGGCACGAAAUGCUAAAGAUGUGGCUGUGUCUUACUAUUAUUUCUACCAAAUGGCCAAAUUACACCCAGAGCCUGUACCUGGGAGGAGUUUCUACAUAAAUUCAUGACUGGGAAUGGUGAGU